AUAAUUACAGUCUAAGAGCACCAGGCGCCGCACGCGACAACUGAUUACAUUUGAUUACACGUUACACAGAUGGAUUCAUGUUAAGAAGCACAAGGACAGUACGGCAGCAUGAAGGCGUAACGCGCACCAUGUGAUGGAACCACCACACAACAUGUUCGCCAAAACUGACAGAUACUGGGACAGGAGAAAGGGGAAAACUGCACGAUGACGUCACGAUACCGAUUUAGUGGCUGUAUAAAGUAAUCGGUACCGGUACCAUAUAGUCACAGCUUCGCUAGUGAUAGGAUCGCUUUUUUGUGUGUCGCAUUAAGUCGUGGUCGUUUUAAGGUAUCCUUUUUUUGCGCGUUUAUUUUUUAGGUAUUCGGUAGUGUAGUUUCGGUAUCAUUUCGCGCCGUUCAAAAGCAAUACUAGAUAAGAGGCCUUCGUAUACCGCACGCGUUUUUUAUUUAUACAAUAAUACGUUUGUAUAUAUUCCAGAUUUUAACGUAAGUUUGAUAUUGAUAGCGUUAGAUUUGUAAACAAAUACUAAGGUUCUUCGAUCGACAUCUGUGCUUGGAUAUAGUCUUUGCAUAUAGUUCGGGAAAACGGGUAUUAAUUAAUUGUAUAAAAUCUGUUGUAAUUUAUAAAAAUAGUUUUAAACUUAAAUUAAACUACGCGAGUUAUUCCGUUCCUAUAGGCAAUACGAUUUUUAAUUAUUUCUAAACCGCAAACGUUUUCGUACUUAUUACGGGGCCAAACUUCAAUUCCGAGUUUUUUAUAAAAUAUAAAAUUAAUGCAAAACAAUAAACGUGGGUAGUUAGUUGAAUUUUACAAAUCUGGCGUCGAAACGGGUUAAGGAUACCGGUACCGAGGCCGAUACCAAGAUGGUGCCGAACACAACACUAGUCAAGACGACGAUGAGCACGCAUUUCAACGGGACACUGGGUUGGAAUUCCACAUUCUUAGUGCCAACGUUCAUAAGCCAAGAGGAGUUCUUGGCGUUGCAGAUGACAAACGCGUCAGAUGCGAACACGACGUCAGUGUCCAACGAUACCACGAUACCGGUUGUGUUAAAAACCUGGUAUCCGAGUGGUUAUUCGCCCGCUCACAUAAUAAUAGCGUCAGUGGUGGUGACAGUGUUAAUGAUAAUGGUGGUAGUUGGGAAUAUGUUGGUGAUAAUUGCGAUUGUGACAGAGAAAGCGUUGAAGAAUAUACAGAAUUGGUUCAUUGCCUCGUUAGCGGUGUCGGACUUUUUCCUAGGGCUGGUGAUAAUGCCAUUCUCUUUGGCGAACGAGCUGAUGGGGUACUGGAUUUUUGGGUUCUGGUGGUGUGAGAUACACUCGGCGAUGGACGUGCUGCUGUGCACCGCGUCUAUUAUGAACCUGUGCCUCAUAUCGCUGGACCGCUACUGGAGUAUCACUCAGGUACGCAUCACUGAAAUCCAACUAACCUUAUUUAUGAAUAAGUAAGUGUUUUAGAAAAUACGGUUUAAUUAAUAAACAAUUAAGGGCAAUUUAAG